AACAACUGGCAUAAAAUUACAAAAGGGAAAAGAAAAAGGCAUGUAUGCAUAAGACAGACUGCAGAGGGUUUAUAUUUCUUCUUCUAAAACUCUACCGCUCCAUCUUCUCUCUCUUUCCAUGUCUUCUACUUCUUCUGAGGAGACUUCUUCGGAAUUAGGAAACAAAGUAACAGAGCAUUCAGAAAUGGAAUUUGACCUUGAAAACCCACUAACCAGUCACCAUGGUAUUCACUCCGACACUUUCCCUUCUCUAUUCCUCAUCGAAUCUGAUCACAUGCCUUCCCUUUCCUACUCUAAGUCCGUCAAACCACCCGCCGGCAUCGGCUUUUCUUUCCGCCAGGAUGCUGUUACUUUCAUUUUACAGGUCUGUUGCUUCUUCGACCCAUUUUUGUCCUAUCUCGCAGUUAAUUACCUCGACCGGUUCUUGUCAACCCAAGGAAUGCCGCAACAAAAGCCUUGGGUGGUUCGCCUUCUCAGAGUGUCUUGCGUCUCCCUGGCAGUGAAAAUGAUGAACAGAACCACAGAGUUCUCUCUCAAUGAUAUUCAGGGGAAUGCCAAUCAUGGAGGACUUAUGUUUGACACAGAGACGAUUCAGCGGAUGGAAGCUCUAAUACUGGGAGCUCUGAAAUGGAGGAUGCGCUCCGUCACUCCUUUCGCCUUCCUCUCUUUCUUCAUCCAUUACUUCAAACUCAAAGACCCACCAUUGAAACAGGCACUCAGAACUCGUGCUACUCAAACCAUCCUCAGAGCUCAGAAUGAGGGCAAGAUGGUGGGAUUCAAACCGUCGUUAAUUGCAGCAUCGGCGCUUCUCUCGGCGUGCCAUGAGCUCUUCCCGUUGCAGUUUUCGUGCUACAGAGAUGCGAUCCUCAGCUGUUCAUAUGUAAAUAAGGAAAUGAUGGAAGAGAGCUACAAGGAGAUGCAAGAGGUGGCAAUGGAAGAGUACGAGUCAGUGAUGGACAGAGUGUCCAGCUCCGAUACGCCGGUCAACCUGCAGCUUGACCGGCAGCUCUUCUUCUGCUCAUCGGCGUCGUCAGAAGGAGAAGAAGAAGAGCCGAAGCAGAAGAAUAUGAACGACGGGACCAUUAGCACUAGCACUAGUAUCAGCAGCUGCUGCAGCGAUGGCGGUACUAUUGGCCAAGUUGUGGCAGUGGACAAUAUUAUGAUGACGGAGGCCAUCAACCGCAACAACUCCAAAAGGAGGAAGAUUACUACUACUGCAACCACCACUAAUUACUGUAAUAAUCAUGAUGAACAUAAUAAUGACGCCACUGCUGCUGCUCCUGAAAUCUCCCAACGGCUUUCUGAUCCCGAUAUUGCUCCACAUCAUCAGUACCACUACAACUGCUGAUGAUCAUGAUGAUGAUCAGUACUACUCUACGCUGCUUAAGCUUUUAAAAUUAAAUAAAUAGGAAAUUUAUUAAUAUGUGUAAAGAAAACGAAGAGAUAUGGAAAAAAAAAAAAGAGAAAAUUAGAAUUACAUGGAGGAACUAUUGCUGCUACUUCAUGAAUUUUUCUGAUUAUUAGAUAAAUGGUUCUCCUUGUGCAGCUAUCCAACUGUUGGUAUUUUGUUAAUUUCGCCUUCGUACGAUAGAGUGCAGGGGUGGGAAUGGAACCAAGGAAAAUAGUCGAUAGACUUCUUCAAAGUCAUAGUAUUUCAAGUUGUAAAUCUUUAUUUAUUUAUUUUCAUCACAAACAUCAAAG